UGUCACAGCAGCGGUUUCAUUUAUCCCGCUGUCUUCGCUCACUACUGUAGCCUACAUAGCAAGCUGUUGCCGACAUCAAAGGGAGCUGUUAUUGUAUUGUCAGUCAAAAUUAAUUAACUCUCUGACAAGUGAAAUACCUUUAUUUGAUUCGUUCGAGCUCUGUUGGUUGUUCGACUAGUUUCAUGAGGACGCAUUUGGCCAGAAGCUCAUAAUGGAAAAUGAUCCACAGCCACCGAACCAGUACGGCUCUUUGGACCGAACAAAAGUAGACGAAGAUGCGUGCAGUAAAGGGGCCGAGAGCGUUGUCUCCAUGGCGGACUCCUCUGUCACGGUGGACGACAUCGAGGGGGAACUCUUCAAGAUCGAGAGGAUACGGGACAUCCUGGUGCGGCGUGAGUCAGAGCUGAGAUACAUGAUGGAUGACAUUCAGCUGUGUAAGGAGAUCACCAGACUCAAGAAGGAUCUGCAGAAGUUAAUCACAAUCCCUGACAAGGACAAAACGAGUGAGGAUCGACAGAAAGAGGAGGAGUUGCUGCAGCAGAUACACAAGUUGGUGGAGACGCGAGACUUUCUGGUGGACGAUGUGGAGUUUGAGCGACUGAGGGAGAGGGAGGAAGACAAAGAGAUGGCUGACUUCUUGAAGGCAAAAUUCCCUAAGAGCUACAGAAAACGCAAUGCAGCUGAAGACCAACGAGUGACCUCUAGUGCGCUGCAUCAGCAGGGCUCCUCGCCAUUCUUAACUAAAACAGGGCUCACACUCUUCAAGGAGUGCUGUGGGUUCACCUGUUCUGUCAUGUAGAGCAAGAGAGAGAUGGGGAGUAAAGGAGAGUUCACGUUUGUGAGUGUAGCUGUGUGUGUGUGUGUGUGAGAGAGAGAGAGAGAGAGAGAGAGAGAGAGAGAGAAUGGAAGGAAAGGUAAGAAAUAAACACUAAUGGUUGCUAAGGCAACUUCAGGAGUAUGUGUGUGUAUGUGUGUGUGUGUGUGUGUGUGUGUGUGUGUGUGUGUGUGUGUGUGUACAAUUUUGUCUGAAGCUAAUAUGAGAGACAGUUAUUUAUUGCUACGAACAUCAUUAUUCAUUCAUUCAUAUACUUGGGGUUAUUUAAUGUAACAUGCCAGCACUCUCUUAUACUCAAUAAUUGCUGGACAGCUAAAUGAAAGCAAAAAACACAUGAAUGCAAAGCUGAUUAUGCAAAGGCACAGUGGGUUGAAUUGCAGCAAGCAGACAACCGUGUACAAUGUGCAAUCUGUCUGGUUAGUUAUGUAGUAUGAGUCUCUGAGAACAACAGUUUUAUCAUUUUAAAGUGGUUCUGCAGCAUUCAGUCACAUCCAGGUCUAAAGCUCUCAAGGGAAAUCUAAAAGCAGUGUUCUAAAACCUGAAUGUUCACUUUAGCUGAUGCUACAGGUCUCCAAGAGUAAUUAAGUGGUCACAUCUUUCUCCUUUCACAAAUGUUUCACAGAAGGUGUUUGUUUUGGAGGCAUUAUGAAUAUCAAAAAUGGGAUGUAAUUAUUAACUUGUAACAGGCAGGAAAAUGAAGAACAAGAUGUCCAGCACAUAACAAGACUGUUUAAAGUCAAUUUUAUUUAUAUAGUGGCAUAUAAAAUGAAUGUAUCUCAAGGUGCUUUACAGAGCCCAGCUUGAACUUGAUGGAUCUAAAGCCACUUUGAAAAGUGUAAGUUUCCCCUCAACUACUUACAAUAACUCAAUUCUGAUUGCCAAAUUAUGCUAAACCAUAUCACAAGAGGAGGAUGCAGAAAAUGCCAUUAAUGCAGUAUGAGGAAGUGUGUGUCACAAAGACUGCUGUUUGAUCUGUGCAAAAUGAACCAGUUGUCACUCCACAACUGUGCUUUUGAUGUAGUGCAUCUGUUUUAAGUGAGGUUAGCUGAAAAAUAUACAUUUUAGCUAAUACAUUUAUGAAUGUAUUUCGUCGUUUCACAUCAGGUAUUGGGACUUAAAUGGCUAUUUCAACUCUUUGUUAAAUGUAGCAGAACUCCAUGCAGAUGUUACACAGUUGUUAGUGCAAUGAAUGAAUGUUUGUGUGAUGAACAUAAAGUUCUUCUCAGAGAAUUCAUACACAACUGCAAUGUGGGGAAGUGUACACAGUGUUGUCGUCUGGUCUUUGCAUCAUUGCACAGAUUGUCAGAACUGCAGUUUUUGUAGUGUGUUCUCAAGUAGCUCUCGUACACUCGUACAAUUAAUCCAGGUGGUUUGGUGAUGUUUUCACAAGUUUUGG